AUGGCUGCACGCACGCUUCUUGCCGCUGCCCUUCUGGGUACUGCCGUCUUCGCCGUCCCCAUCGAGGAGAGACAAGCUUGCGCGGCUCAAUGGGGCCAGUGUGGUGGUCAAGGCUGGACCGGCCCUUCUUGCUGCGCCGCCGGCAGCGUCUGCACCGUCAGCAACCCAUUCUACAGCCAGUGCCUCCCCGGGAGCGCCGCCCCUUCAUCCAGCUCGACAGUCGCCUCUUCGACCGUCCGCACAAGCUCCACCGCGGUCGUCAGCCCCUCUCGCACCUCGACCAUCACCGGUUCCGUCUCCACCACCAGCGCCGGCACCGGUACCACUGCUCCUCCGGCCGGCGGUGCUACCUACACCGGCAACCCUUUUGUAGGCGUUGACCUCUGGGCCAACUCAUACUACGCUUCCGAGAUCUCGACUCUGGCUAUUCCGUCCUUGAGCCCGGCUCUGGCCACCGCAGCCGCCAAGGUCGCCAAGGUUCCUACCUUCAUGUGGAUGGAUACCCGCUCCAAGAUCCCCCUAGUCGACGCCACUCUGGCCGAUAUCCGUAAGGCCAACCAGGCCGGUGGCAACUACGCCGGCGAAUUCGUCGUCUACGACCUCCCCGACCGUGACUGUGCUGCCGCCGCCUCCAACGGCGAGCUGUCCAUUGCCGAUGGUGGUGUUGCCAAGUACAAGGAGUACAUCGACGACAUCCGCGCCAUGGUCAUCAAGUACUCUGACAUCCGCAUCAUCCUCACCAUUGAACCCGACUCUCUCGCCAACCUCGUUACCAACUUGAACGUGCCCAAAUGCGCCGGUGCCCAGGCUGCCUACCUCGAGUGCACCAACUACGCCGUCAAACAGCUCAACCUUCCCAACGUGGCCAUGUACCUCGAUGGAGGCCAUGCAGGUUGGCUCGGCUGGACUGCUAACCUGCCCCCUGCUGCUCAGAUGUACGCCAAGGUCUACAACGAUGCCGGCAAGCCCAAGUCUCUGCGCGGUAUCGUCACCAACGUGUCCAACUAUAAUGGCUAUAGCAUUAGCAGUGCACCUUCUUACACUCAAGGCAACGCCAACUACGACGAGAAGCACUACAUCGAGGCCCUCGCCCCCCUUCUUGCAGCCGGGGGCUGGGACGCCAAGUUCAUCGUCGACCAGGGCCGCUCCGGCAAGCAGCCCACCGGUCAGCAGGCGUGGGGUGACUGGUGCAACGCCAUCGGCACCGGCUUCGGUACCCGCCCUACCACCAACACAGGCUCGUCGCUCGUCGACGCCUUCGUCUGGGUCAAGCCUGGCGGUGAGAGCGACGGCACCUCGGACACCACCGCCGCGCGCUACGACCUCAACUGCGGCAAGAGCGACGCCCUCAAGCCCGCCCCCGAGGCCGGCACGUGGUUCCAGGCCUACUUUGAGCAGCUGCUCGUUAACGCCAACCCGGCUUUCUAA